CGUUCUUCUGCUCGGCCCUGUCUUAAUCGUUCUUCGUUUCUGAGUUCAUAGUCCGGUUGACGGGCUUGCAGCAUAUCAAAAUGGCUCUAUCUUUACGUUUGGCUUCCUCGAUAGCGAGACAAUUACCAAAUGCUACAAUUCAGGUUAAAUGGCCUCUGGGUAUAGCCUCUUGCAAAUAUCAUAUAUCUUGCAGUCGGCGCUCUGCUGAAAUUUCUUCCAUUUUGGAAGAUCGUAUUCUUGGUGCAGCCCCAAAGGCCAAUCUUGAAGAAACUGGAAAAGUGCUCAGUAUUGGUGAUGGUAUUGCCCGUGUUUAUGGUCUUAAGAAUAUUCAGGCUGAUGAGAUGGUGGAAUUCAGUUCAGGGUUAAAAGGCAUGGCCCUGAAUUUGGAACCUGAUAAUGUAGGUGUUGUCGUCUUUGGUAAUGACAGGCACAUUAAAGAAGGUGACAUUGUUAAACGUACUGGAGCCAUUGUUGAUGUUCCGGUUGGAGAAGAACUGCUAGGGCGUGUUGUAGAUGCUUUAGGUAAUCCUAUUGAUGGUAAAGGACCACUUAACAGUAAAUUGAGAUUCCGUAUUGGUACUAAAGCACCUGGCAUUAUUCCUAGGGUAUCUGUCAGAGAGCCUAUGCAAACUGGAAUUAAAGCUGUAGAUUCAUUAGUGCCCAUUGGCCGUGGUCAACGUGAAUUGAUUAUUGGAGACAGACAGACUGGAAAAACUGCUCUUGCUAUUGAUACUAUUAUUAAUCAAAAACGAUUUAAUGAUGCUGGAGAGGAGAAAAAGAAGUUGUACUGUAUUUAUGUUGCCAUUGGUCAGAAAAGAUCCACUGUUGCACAAAUAGUAAAACGUUUAACAGACAGUGGAGCUAUUAAUUAUACUAUCAUUGUCUCUGCAACUGCUUCUGAUGCAGCACCUCUUCAAUAUUUGGCUCCAUAUUCUGGAUGUGCUAUGGGAGAAUUUUUCAGAGACAAUGGAAAGCACGCUUUAAUUAUUUAUGACGAUUUAUCGAAACAAGCUGUUGCCUAUCGACAAAUGUCUUUAUUGUUGAGACGACCACCAGGCCGUGAAGCUUAUCCUGGUGAUGUAUUCUACCUCCAUUCUCGUCUUCUUGAACGAGCGGCUAAAAUGAACGAAAGUUUGGGAGGUGGUUCACUGACGGCGUUACCUGUUAUUGAGACACAAGCUGGUGACGUGUCUGCUUAUAUUCCCACAAAUGUCAUUUCUAUCACUGAUGGCCAAAUUUUCUUGGAAACGGAGUUGUUCUAUAAGGGUAUUCGCCCUGCAAUCAAUGUAGGUUUAUCAGUAUCUCGUGUCGGUUCUGCUGCCCAAACAAAGGCCAUGAAACAGGUCGCUGGUUCCAUGAAAUUGGAAUUGGCCCAGUAUCGUGAAGUAGCUGCUUUUGCACAAUUUGGUUCCGAUUUGGAUGCUGCAACUCAACAACUGCUGAAUCGUGGUGUUAGAUUAACAGAACUUCUAAAACAGGGACAAUAUGUACCUAUGGCUAUUGAAGAACAAGUUGCUGUUAUCUACUGCGGUGUUCGUGGAUAUCUUGAUAAGAUGGAACCUACAAAAAUCACAGCUUUUGAAAAAGAAUUCUUGGCUCACAUCAGAGCUACUCAACGAGACCUUCUAAAUACUAUUGCUAAAGAGAAUACCAUCAGUGAAGCAUCUGAUGCAAACUUAAAGAAAAUUGUUACUGACUUCCUUGCAUCCUUCUCAGCUUAAACUGUCAGUAUAAAAUAAGUAAUAAUUCUCUGCUAUGCAAGAGCCAUGUGCAAAUGAUACUCAUUAUUAUAAGAUUUUAAUGUAUGCCAUUUGCACAUUAUAAAUAUCAUUACAAAGAAUUCCACAUUUAAACAUUAAAUCACAAUAGUCAUAUAC